UCAGACGUGCUGCUCUUCCAUGAUUUCUCUCCUUUGCCACCUUUGCUCAGAGACACACCGGCAGGAUGGCCUCGGCACAUGACAGAGCCGUACUCCAAGCCAUAUUCAACCCCACCUCCCCCUUUGGAGACGUUCCCGGCCUUGACCUAGAGGAGGAAUUAAUUGAUGACGACAGUGGCUUUGACACAGAGUUGCUGAAGCAAGUGAGGGAGCUGGAGGUGCGGGGCGUCUCGGCAGCCGAGGCUGGGGAUUUGCAAGGCGCUCUUCAGCUGUUCAGCCAGGCAAUCCACAUCCUGCCCGAGCGAGCCUCGGCCUAUAACAACCGGGCGCAGGCCCUGCGGCUGCUGGGGGACACAGCAGGAGCCCUGGCGGAUCUGGACCGAGCCGUCACUCUGAGUGGCAGCGCCGGACGAACUGCCUGCCAGGCGCUGGUGCAAAGAGGCCUUUUACGCCGAUUACAGUGCCAGAAUGAUGCGGCCCGGGCGGAUUUCGAGAGAGCGGCUGCACUCGGAAGUGAGUUUGCUCGACAGCAGGUUGUGGCUCUUAAUCCCUACGCUGCCCUGUGCAACAAAAUGUUAUCAGAAGUGAUCAACAAGCUACGCAACCCCGACGUCUCUGAGAUGCAGUAGCUGACGUGGACAAUUUGUGAAUGAACUCUCUGUUAUGAAUCUGAAUUAAACUCUUUUGUCUUUAUACCUCGA